GUCUGGCAUUUUGGUACACCAGAAUUAUAUUAAUUUCCACUGAAACGUUGCGUUGCAGAUGCAUUGUGUUCGGUGUGAAUGUUGAACUUUUGUUGCAUACAUAUCCAGAUGAUGCUGCUUACUAUUUGCAUAAAACACUGUCGGUGUGUUCAAAGCGUAACCAUUUUAAACUGCAAUGGGGGGUGUAUGGAAGUCCCAAGUACCCAUCAUAGUACGGAACGUCGUCUACUCUUAAGGCAGCAGCAAUGGAGUCGAGUAGUGUGCUCGAGCAAGAAUGAACCUGGAAAUUGGCAGGCCUGACCUGAAGGUAACAGAUUACAACCUACUCCGACGUCACAACUGCGAUGGUUAGGAGACCCCACUGUGUCAUUCCACCCAGCCCUGUGGCCACCUGAUUGAGCUUGGUGUGCGUUUGCCUUCCCCUCAAAGACAAUGUACUGCCUUCAGUGGUUGCUCCCGGUUCUCCUCAUCCCGAAACCUCUGAACCCGGCUUUAUGGUUCAACCACUCAAUGUUCAUGGGCUUCUACCUGCUCAGCUUCCUGCUGGAGAGGAAGCCAUGUACCAUUUGUGCCUUAGUGUUCCUGGCAGCGCUGUUUUUCAUCUGCUACAGCUGCUGGGGGAACUGUUUUCUGUACCACUGCCAUGACUCCACUCUACCAGAUUGUGCACACGACCCCAGCAUUGUGGGCACCUAAGAGGAUUUCCCCUGACAUGAUGCGCAGAUGGAUCCUGGACAAUCUGUAUCUAGGCUGUGAAUAAAAUCUCCCACCUGACACUGUCGAUGUGGAGAAACAUAGACUUCACCCCGAUUCUCAACCCCUCUGCCCUUAGUGUGCACUUGUUCACUUUUCUUAAUGGAUUUAAAAGGAAUUGACUGGUGUAUGAAAUAUGGUUAAUCCCCCAUGCAUACACCAAUCCAAUGCUUUUAAAUGUGUGGGCAUGUGUACACUUCCCAGAGAAUAGCCUACCCUACCCUCCUCACUACUGCCCUCCACCCCUGCCUUUUUCCCCUGGUUUUUAGUGAACGUCGUCUACCCUGGCCUCAUUGGAUUUAAACAUUUGCAUGGGUUGCCUUUUAGAGUUUUCAAAAGUAAUGUUAAUACAUAUGUUUUAAUUACAGAAAUCUGAAAGUUUCCAAAGGGUAGAAAUCAAAUGUGGUGUUGGUGUGAAAAUGCUGACUAUCAGUAUAAGUUACAGUAGCAGGAAGGUGAACAUGAAAAUCCUCCUUCCCUGUUGAGCUUUGGACGUCAAGAGAAAGCGAGUGAUGUGAACCUGUUAUCUAGAGUGCCUUCAGAAAAUAUUCAUACCGCUUCACUUACUCCACAUUUUGUUGUAUUACAGCCUGAAUUCAAAAUUGAUUAAAUAAAUAAAAUCUCACCCAUCUACACACAAUACCCCAUAAUGACAAAGAUAGAACAUGUUUUUAGAAAUUUUAGCUAAUUAAAUACAGAAAUAUCUAAUUUACAUAAGUAUUCACAGCCCUGAGUCAAUACUUUGUAGAAGCACUGUUGGCAGCGAUUACAGCUGUGAGUCUUUCUGUGUCAGUCUCUUAAGAUCUUUCCACACCUGGAUUGUGCAAUAUUUGCUCAUAAUUAUUUUUCAGAAAUCUUCAAGUGCUUUCAAGUUAGUUGUUGAUCUUUGCUAGACAACCAUUUCCAGGUCUUGCCAUAGAUUUUCAAGUAGAUUUAAGUCCGAACUGUAACUCUGCCAUUCCAGUGUAGAUUUGGCCUUGUGUUUUAGGUUAUUGUCCUGCUGAAAGGUGAAUUAAUCUCCCAGUGUCUGGUGGAUAGCAGACUGAACCAGGUCUUCCUCUAGAAUUUGGCCUGUGCUUAGCUCCAUUUCUUUUUUUAUCGGGAAAAAACUCCCCAGUCCUUAACGAUUACAAGCAUACCCAUAACAUGAUGCAGCCACCAUUACGCUUGAAAAUAUGGAGAGUGGUACUCAGUAAUGUGUUACAUUGGAUUUACCCCAAACAUUACACUUUGUAUUCAGGACAAACAGUUAAUUGCUUUGCCACAUUUUUUGCAAAUGAACUUUUAGUGCCUUGUUGCGAACAUGAAAGAUGUUUUGGAAUAUUUGUAUUCUGUACAGGCGUCCUUCCUUCAAUUAGGUUAGUAUUGUGGAGUAACUACAAUGUUUCCUCCUAUCACAGCCAUUAAACUCUAACUUUUAAAGUCAAUGGCUCAUGGAGACAUACCUGAGCGGUUUCCAUCCUCUCCGGCAACCUGAGUUAAGAAGGAUGCCUGUAUCUCUGUAGUGAUUGGCUGUAUUGAUACACCAUCCGACGUGUAAUUAAUAACUUCGCCAUGCUGAAAGGGAUAUUCAAUGUCUGCUUUUUAUUUUAUUUUUACCGAUCUACAAAUAGGUGCCCUUUGCGAGGCAUUGGAAAACCUCCCUGGUCUGUGGUUGAUUAUGUUUUGAAAUUCACUGCUUGACUGAAUGACCUUACAAUUAUCUGUAUGCGUGGGGUACAGAGAUGAGGUAGUCAUUCAAAAAUCAUGUGAAACAAUAUUAUUGCGUACAGUCCAUGCAACUUAUGUGACUCAAGCAAAUUUUUACUGUUGUGUGUAGGCCAGUGACCCACAUUUUUUUAAACAUUUAAUCAAUUUUCUUUUAUUUGUGCUGUAACAACAAAAUGUGGAAAAAGUCAAGGGGUAUGAAUAUUUUCUGAAGGCACUGUAUGUCACUUCUGCAGAGUUCAAAUGCCACUACUGCUUUUCAUUUAAUAAAGUUCACCCUCUGAAGGUGUUAUCACACUGAGCAUGAUGCUGUGGCCUUGUUUUCUCAGUUCUUCUAGGCUUCAUAUCGACUUCUAAGUGUUAUCAAUUGCCCACUAUCUGCAUUUGAGAAAACGAGAACCCCAUGCCCAAGACCGAAAAAUGAAAAUGCAUAUUUGCUGAAAGAACAAUGAGAUUUCACAGAAUCCCAAUAUUUGAAAAGACGAAAGUAUGCUUUUAUAAAGUUUUGUAAAUCUAGUCAUUGAAAUGUGAAGUAUAGUAUUCUAAUGCUGUCUGCUGGAGGGAUAUUAACAUUGAUUAUUUUCGUUUGGGCCAUAAAGAAACUGCUGGACAAGCUAAUUAGCUCUUAAUCAAAAUGUUUUGGAUUAUUUUAACUCCAGCACGGUGUGAUACCUAUCAGGGAAAGUUCACCAUUUUGCAGCUGGCUAUCCAGUGAACCACAGACCACACGAAAUGUUCACAUUUUGCCCGGUCUGGUUUUGAGAACUUUUGACAAUGAAACUUAAGUUAAUUGUAUUAUGUUCUGUUGCUGUAGCUAAUGACAAAUUGUUUGCCAUUAAAAGAGGUUAGAUCAUCA